UAUACCUUGCUCAAAGUUCAUGAAUAACCAAAUCAAACAACUGAAACCUUUUAGCAUUCAAGAUGGUUCCCAGAAUAUUUUCUUUCCUUCAGCUUUUCACUAUCUUCACUGUUACUUUUGCUUCCACUGAGGAAUCAGCUGCUCUCCUCAAAUGGAAAGCAACUUUCCGAAACCAAAAUAAUUCCUUAUUGGCUUCAUGGACACUAAAUUCUGCUGGUGCCAAGAAUUCUUCAAGAAUCCGAGCGGGAAGUUCUGAUGCAUGUAGGGACUGGUAUGGAGUUAUAUGCUUUAAUGGUAGGGUUAAUAUGUUAAAAAUUACAAAUGCUGGUGUCAUUGGCACACUAUAUGCUUUUCCGUUCUCAUCUCUCCCUUUUCUUGAAUACCUUGAUCUUAGCAUCAACCAGCUCUCUGGCACCAUCCCACCAGAAAUUGGUAAGCUCACUAAUCUUGUCUAUCUUGACUUGUCCAUCAAUCAGAUAUCGGGCACAAUCCCACCACAAAUCAGUUCACUAACAAAUCUUGAGACCCUCCACAUAUUUGACAACCAUUUAAAUGGUUCCAUUCCUGGAGAAAUAGGUUACCUAAGGUCUCUUACUGAGUUAACUUUGAGUACUAACUUUCUUAGUGGUUCAAUUCCUGCUUCAUUGGGGGAUUUGAAGAAAUUGUCUUUUUUGUAUCUUUCUGUGAAUCACCUUUCUGGCUCCACUCCUGUAGAAAUAGGGAAACUUGUUAAUCUUGUUGAAGCUGAUCUUGGUACAAACCAGUUAACAGGUCAUAUUCCUUCGGAAAUAGGUGACUUAACUUUGCUCAAGACUCUGCACCUUCAUACUAACCAACUUUCUGGUCCCAUUCCUGCUGAAAUAGGAAAGAUGAAGUCACUUGAGAAUUUAAAUUUAUGGACGAACAAUCUUUCUGAUCAAAUUCCAAAAAUAAUUGGUGACCUAGUUGAGCUCAAAACUCUGUACCUUUUCACCAACCACCUUUCUGGUUUCCUUCCUAGUGAAUUGGGGAACAUGAAGAGCCUCACUGCUUUGGAUUUAGCCGAUAAUCAACUUAUUGGUUCAAUUCCAAGUGAAUGGGGAAACCUGAUAAACCUCACUAAUCUAGCAUUAUCCCGUAAUCAACUUACUGGUUCCAUUCCCGCAGAAAUAGGGAAACUAGUCAAUCUUGUUGGCGUUGAUUUUAAUAGUAACCAGUUAACAGGUCAUAUUCCUCGAGAAAUAGGUGACUUGACUAAGCUUAAAACUUUGUACCUUUAUACUAACAAACUUUCUGGUCCCAUUCCCAGUGAUCUGGGGAACCUGAAAAACCUCACUGAUCUGCAUUUAUUCAAUAAUCAACUUAUUGGUACAAUUCCUAGUGAGUUGGGGAAUUUGAAAAACCUCACUUUGCUGGACUUAUCCAGUAAUCAACUUACUGGUUCAAUUCCUGCUUCAUUUGGCAAUUUGAGAAACUUGCAAUUUCUAGUACUCCAAGCCAACAAAUUUUCAGGUUCCAUUCUAAAAGAGCUUGUGUAUUUGGAUAACUUGAGAGCGAUGAUAAUGAGUGAAAAUGAGUUCUCAGGCCAUUUGCCAGAGCAGCUUUGUCAAGGUGGAAAACUUGAGAACUUCACAGUGUCUAAUAACAAACUGACAGGGCUGAUACCAAGUAGCUUGAGCAAGUGUUCGAGUUUCAAAUGGGUUUGCUUUAAUAACAACAGUUUCACUGGGAAUUUUUUUGAAGCUUUUGGCAUCUAUUCAGAGCUUCAGUUCAUUGAUUUGAGUGAUAAUAAUUUUCACGGUGAACUCAACAGCAACUGGGGAAAAUGCAAAAAGUUGAUUAAUUUGCGCGUAGCCAGAAAUAACAUUAGUGGUAGCAUACCACCAGAGAUUGGAAAUGUCAAAGGGCUUCUAGGACUUGAUCUUUCAUCGAAUCAUUUGAUUGGACAGAUUCCAAAGGAAUUUGGAAAACUAACCUCUCUGGUUAAGCUUUCAGUGCAAAACAACAAUAUUUCAGGCAAUAUACCUGAGGAACUUGGGUCACUGACAAAGUUAGAGUCCCUAGAUCUAUCAGACAACAGAUUGAAUGGGCCGAUCCCAACGUUUAUAGGAAAUUAUCUGCAUCUGUUUCACUUGAACCUGAGCAACAACAAAUUUGGUCAGAAAAUUCCAAUUGAGAUAGAGAGGAUAACUCAUCUUAAUGUACUUGAUUUGAGUCAUAAUUUUCUUGUUGGAGAAAUACCCUCUCAUCUAGCCAAUUUGAAGGUUUUGGUAAACCUAAAUCUUUCCCACAAUGAACUCUCUGGCCGCAUUCCUGAAGGAUUUGAAAGUUCGACUGGUUUGCAGGAUGUCGUAUUGUCAUACAAUGAGUUGGAAGGUCCAAUCCCUAAUAAUAAAGCUUUUAUCAGUGCCUCAUUGGAAGGUAAUAAAGGUCUUUGCGGCAAUGUAACAGGAUAUAAGCCUUGUGAACUAUCUUCUACGGUGAAGGGACAUAAACUCAUCCUCAUCAUUGUGCUUCUUAUUAUGGGAGCACUAGUACUACUCUUUGCUUUCAUUGGUGUCCUCUUUAUGUGUCAUAAAAGAAGGAGAGUUAGAGACAUUGAAAUACAGGAUGCUGGUUGGCUUUCGAUAUCCAUGUUAGAUGGAAAGACAUUGUACAGGGAUAUCUUAAACGCCACAGAGGAGUUUAGUGCAACAUUUUGCAUAGGGCAAGGAGGACAUGGAAGUGUUUACAAGGUAAACCUUCCAUCAUUAGGGAAUAUAGCUGUGAAGAGACUUCAUUCUUCAUUUGAGAACACACAUCUCAAAAGCUUCAUGAAUGAAGUAAUGGCAUUGACUGGGAUUAAGCACCGGAACAUUGUGAAUCUCUAUGGGUAUUGUUCGAAUAAACAACACUCAUUCUUGGUUUAUGAGUAUGUGGAGAGAGGAAGUUUGUUUAGUAUUUUGAGCAAUGAAGUUGAGUCAAAGAAAUUGGAUUGGUUUAAAAGGGUGAAUAUCAUCAAAGGUGUUGCUUUUGCUUUAUCUUACAUGCACCAGGACUGUUCACCACCGAUUGUUCAUCGAGACAUAUCAAGCAGUAAUGUUUUGCUUGAUUCCAAGUAUGAAGCUCAUGUUUCAGAUUUUGGCAUAGCUAAGCUUCUCAAACCAGAAUCAUCCAAUUGCACUGUGCUUGCAGGCACAUAUGGCUAUGUUGCACCAGAGCUUGCAUAUACAAUGAAGGUUACAGAAAUGUGUGAUGUCUAUAGCUUUGGAGUAUUAGCAUUGGAGAUAAUCAAAGGAAAGCAUCUUGGUGAAUACAUUACUUCACUAGUAAAUUCAUCGACUAAAGAUCAUGUGCAGUUUAGUGAUUUGCUAGAUGAACACCUUCCAUAUCCUGAAGAUGAAGUGAAAGAGGUUUUGGUUUUUAUCAUCAAACUAGCAACCUCAUGUUUGCUUGAAAAUCCAAAAUCAAGGCCUACAAUGCACUUCAUCUUUCGUAGUUUAUCAUCAAUUGAUCCAUGUCUACCUACUCAUAAGAUAAACCCCCAUCAAAGCAAGCUAUAUAAUCCCUGAUACGUUAGGUGUCUUUGUAUAGAAAUGAAUAACCUUUGUUACUGAGUGGUUGUGAAGUAAGUAGUUUAAUAAGAAAGUCCACAAUUUAAUUUUACUGGUACUAGUAUUGUUGUAUUGUUAGGGCGCUU